UCUCAACAACACCGCCCACAUCCACGCGCACGCCCACCCCUCGGCCCCCGCCACAAUGGAGGCCAACGACGUCCAUUCGGACCCCGUCGUGUCGCCCAUGAGUCGUGGCCGGGGCGGCUCGGGGCAUUUCUAUGGCGGCUACGGAGGUCACGACCGGCACAAUGGGUAUGAAGGAAGCAGCGGCCGCGGUGGACACAGUGGACACAGAAACAGUGGACAAAAGAACAGCGGAAAGAACAGCGGACACAUAGACUCCAGCAAAGGACACAACGGAAGCAGCAGCAACGGCCAGCGCCACUCGAGCCAGCGGCGUACAUGGUCCAGCAACGCGCCUUCACGCGCCGCCAGCACCGCCGCUCGCCGCGCGUCGCCCGAGAUCACCUGCAUCUCCUCCAGCGGACCCACCCAAAAGAGCGCGCAAGCCGGCACAUUAGGCCGUAUCCAGGCGCCCGCGUAUCAGCGCGUCCACGCCACCCUCAAUAUGGCGCGCCCACCCGAGUCGCCCGACAUUCUCGCGCUCGGCGAAGGCGACUUUGCCGAUGACAGCCCAAUGCCUGUCAAGCGCGCCGUGAAGGCUUUGCAUACUGUGUCUACGCUUGGUGCGAAUCAGCCAAAAUCCAAGGCCAAGCCAAAGCCCAAGUCCACGAUAGGUACGCGGUACGAGCUGCGCUCGCCAUCGCCGUCGCCGACGCCGACGCCGGUCGCAGCGAAGACACGGCGACGAUCACCUGCGCCGUUGGUCUCGAGGAAGGUCAGGGUCACGUCUAGCCAGAAGGCUAAGGACUCGUCCGAGAAAGCGAUGGCCGUCUCGUCGUCAGCCCCCGAAUCCAAGACCAAAAGCAAGGCCGUAGUCGGAGGAAAGCGUAAGGCCGGCUCACAGAUGUCCCGCACCGUCACGUCUUCGCCACCACCCGCCGAACCCUUCGACUCCUCACAGACGACACCGAACGGCAGCGUGUUCUUCGAUAUCGUCAAAGCCGUUGAGGCCAAGGCGAGGGAAGAAGAAGAAGAGAAGCAGCACGCAAAGGAGAUGCAGCAGAUUUUGGACGACGCGCUGUGCGUCGAUGUCACGCAGGACACGCCGCGCAAUCGCAAACUCAAGGAGGACGAGGUCCGCGAGCAGGAAGAGUACGAGGAGAUGCGGAGGAUCCGCGAGCAGCGAAGCAAGAAGCAGAGCAAGGCGAACGUGUUCUUCGAGCACGCGCCGCAAAUGGCGGCCGAGGCGCGCCGGCGGCGUUCGCUCGAAGCCAAGUCGAUAGCAUUGGCUGAGACGGCCCAGUUCGCACCGAAGCGGCGCGAGCUCGGCGAAGACGAGAAGUAUUGUGCCUCGUUCAAGAACUACCGUCGCCGCUGCGACCACUGUUCCGAGCCGUGGCCGAUGUUUCCGUCCGCCGACCUGUGUGCGCUGCAGCGACGCUUCGCGGCGAUUCCAUCCCUGUCCUUCCGCCAGACGAUGGCGCUGUGCACCAUGCACCGCGCCGAAACAAACAUCAUCCCGCUCGGGAUCCGCGACGGAUUCCCGCAGGAGAUCGACUUUGAGGACGUCGACCGCCGCCUCGAGCGUGGGUGGAUUGCCGCGCGCCUCAAGAAGGUCGCGGCCAAGCCCGAGAUAUCCAAGUUUUACCGCCGCGCGAAAAAGGAGAUCAACCAAAUGGGCCUCGCCGCAUGGAAGGACGUCGCGCACCAAAGCAACGACAAGGUACUCGCGUACGCGCAGCCGGGAUACUACGGCGAUCUCGGGCGGGCCAUCAUGAUCAUGCACUUCCAAAACCUGAUCCGCUGGGGCCAUCUCAUUUUGGGCGCGAGCACCGCGCCCCUCCCCGAAACCGACUUCAUCGUCACUGUGCUUGUACCGGAAUCCGCCGUGCUGCUGACGAUGGAAGACGGCGGCUGGGACGGCCACGCCACCAAGGGCGAGGGGUGGGAGGACGCGCGCGCAGGCGCCAUGGACUUGUGCCGCCGCGCCGGGCCGUACGGCUACUGGCGCUUCCGCGCUGACGGGGAGGGGCAGCGCGUGCUGGACAAGGUGCGGCAGGCCGCGAGCAGCAAAAAGGCACGGCUGGACCGGCGCACCGUGGACAUGCGCGAGAUCGCGGAGGGCGGGGAGCACGACGCGAUUCUCGUCGGCAGCAGUGACACGGAGCAGCCGGACGAGAGCGACUGGGGCGCGGACGAGUGGGACGAGGUCGUGCAAGCCGUGCAAACCGAGCAGGCGGAGCCUGCUGAUCUCGACGCGACGCCGCGCGCGAGGCGGCUGCUGUCGCCAUCGCCUCCGGUUGGGGUCCAGGUCCAGGUCCAGAACGAGACGGACACACCGCGCGCGCAGCAGCAGCGCACGCUCAGGCCCAAAUCUGGUGACUCGAGCGACUUUGGCGACUGGGACGAGCAGCUGUACGUCGCGGGCAUGGAUGGGGUGUAGACAGACAAGCACGGACGGGUGUAGCAUUGGUUGUGUAGCAUUGUAGAGUAUCGCAUGAUCGCAUGAGACAUGGUAUGUACUGUA